AUGUCAAAAUUACAGUCGUCACAAACAUAAAUGGCUGUUGUAACGUUUGUGGUCAAUUUGUUAAAUAUUUAAAUAUUUAUGUGUGCCAUUUCUGAAUAAAUACAAUAAUUUUCGUAAUUUUAUUUCUGUGCAGUUAUUAUGAAAAGUGUUUGAUUUCCUUUGUACUUUAUUAGUUAACUUUGUGAAUCUAUAACAAGAUGAUGCAGUUCAUGUUAUUGUUUAGUCGACAAGGGAAGCUACGAUUGCAGAAAUGGUAUGUUGCCCAUCCAGAUAAAUUGAAAAAGAAGAUUACAAGGGAAUUAAUUACAACAAUAUUGGCUCGAAAACCCAAAAUGUGCAGUUUUUUGGAAUGGAGAGAUUUAAAAAUUGUGUAUAAGAGAUAUGCCAGUCUUUAUUUCUGCUGUGCAAUUGAGCAGGAAGACAAUGAAUUACUGACAUUGGAAGUAAUUCAUCGUUAUGUUGAAUUAUUGGAUAAAUACUUUGGAAGUGUUUGUGAAUUGGAUAUCAUUUUUAACUUUGAGAAAGCUUACUUUAUACUCGAUGAACUUCUGCUUGGUGGUGAAAUCCAAGAGACGAGUAAGAAAAAUGUACUGAAGGCCAUUGCAGCGCAGGAUCUGUUACAAGAGGAUGAAGCGGUGGAAGGUGCUUUAAGGGAUAUUGGGUUGCUGUAACGACAUGCCUCUUCCCAGACAUUUUUCAAUGGAUCAAAUCCUAUUUUAAAAUUUUUGGACCAACUUUUUUUUAUAUAUAUAUAGUAUAUAAAAUGUUAUUUUUCUAGAACUUCCUAUAUAAUAUUUUUCCAUGUUUGGAAUUGAAUUUAUUGUAUUCAUUGUUUUUCUUUUUUUAAGAAUUUAAUUUUUAUUGGUAUACAAUUUUUUGUAUAGAGUGACUUUAAUGAUUAUAUUGGCUGCAAUACACUUUAAUCGAAAGCAGUCAUUUUUAAAAUGAAAGUACUUUUACAUAGCAGUGGAUUAGAUUAGACUAUUUGGAGUCAUUCCAGACUGCUGCUCAGACAGAUCUACUGAGUGAUUGAUAUUGCUUGAAUAUUGAAUUUAUCGUUGCAUUUGAAGGAGCGGAAAAUGCCUAUAAUAAUAAGCCAAUAGUAGUUUUGUAUUCCUGACCAUGUCUUAACUGUCUGAUAAUUAGUAUUGGCGUAAACAGUAACUAAUUUUAUGGUGAUAUAAAACAAGAGCUAAUAAUUUUUUAACGCUAUUUAGCAAGGACAAUCUAACAAAAUUGGCUAAACUGUAAACAUUACCAUGUAGUCAUAAUUAGGAAUGAAAUUAAAAGUCAAUAAUUGACAAAAUUACAGUAAAUAAGCUUAUUAACGGUUUUAUUUUGUAAUAAUUAUUGUCUUGUACUUAUCAUAUUAAUUUUAACAGAACCAAUGUCGUGGUCCUAACUAUAACAUCAACUUCAGUGUCAGGUGAAAUGAAAUAAACUAAUUUUUAAAGUAGCCAUAGAGGCAAAAAUCAAUUGGUUUUUAAAAUGACAAUCUAAAAAAUCAAGCUAUGGGUCCUACACACAUUCUUCUGUUAGUAAAUUAUUGAUGUUUUGUCAUUUAUAAAGGCCCCCCUAGACAGUCAAUAUUAUAACCAUGUUUCAUAUUGUACAAUAAUACUGACCGUGCAGGUAUUAUAUUGAAAGAUUGCGCAAUAUAUUGUAUCGUCUGUGGAUAAUAUUGCGCAAUAUCUGUUCAGUUGUAUAUUGAAUGUAGUGCAGUGUCGCUGAACAUGUUCGCUUAAGAAGUACCAGAGGCAAAUUGAAUUAUUGCACAAUAAUAGUGCACAAUCUGGGGACAUCUCUUAAUAUUAUUGUGCAAUAAUUUAGUUCACUUCUGGUACUUCCUAAACGAACAUGUUGAGUGAUACUCGCUACAUUCGAUACACAACUGAACAGAUAUUGGGCAAUAUUAUCCACAGACGAUACAAUAUAUUCCACAUUGCACAAUAAAUAUGAAACUAUUUUUGAUUUAUUCAAUAUAUUGCGCAAUCAUUCAAUAUAAUACCUAGAUGGUCAAUAUUAUUGUACAAUAUUUUAUAUUGACUUUAAUGGUUCAUUUCAAAUCUGACCUCAUUUCAAUAAUGUCAUAAUUCCUUCAGUUUUUUUUUUUUUUUUGGAGACUGUAUUUGAAUCCAGAAAAAGUAAGUGUAAUUUAUUUCUAGAUUAAAUGGACAAUAUGUUACAUGUGACAAAUUUUAACUAUUUCACUUUUUUACAAUUGAUUAAUUAAUGUUUUCUAUCUCUAAAUUAUUGUCCAAAAAUAUACCCAUCAUAUCACUUAUCAUGUGUUCAAAUAAUUCCUACAAGUUACAAUAAAAAAAAUACAAAAAGAAUACGAAGUUUAUUUUAUAUUUUGAUGAACUUAGAAAUUAAUUAGUAUACAUUGAUUUUAUUAGUUAUGUUUCUGAGAUUUUUAUAAAUUAAAUUUUCUUCCUAAUAGUUACAUUUUAAUGUGUAAUAAAAUUUGUUUUUCUAAUUUAACCUUAAGAAAAAUAUAAAUUUUGUGAGAAAUAAUAGAUGUGUAUAUCUAUUAGUUAAUUAUGAAAAAAAAAGUUACAAAUAUAUGUGCAACGUAUUUCGAGGUCUUAGGGUAGGCAAACCCUAUUUGAAGUUUUUAUUUUCCAAAUUUCUCUAUGGACUUAGAAAUCAUCCUCUAAAGAACAGUAUGUCUCAUGCUUCAUUAUUAAUAAGUAUAUAAAACCAGUUCAAUUUUUACCAAUUUACAUCAGUUAAAGCAUGUGCUCUAGUAGGAAUACAAAAUUAUUUUGCAUAAAAGAUUUUUCCACACCUAGAAAUGCUAUUUUUAAUUAUAUUUAUAGUUUUCUGAAAAGUUAAGUGUAAUAAUUUUAAACAAAUCAUUUAUGGUCACUCUGAAUGUGUCGACUGAAAUUGCCAAAUUAGAUAUGUAGAUAUAAAAUCUUUAAUUAAGAAUAAAAAUAUCUAAAACCAGUGCUUGCCAGUAAUUAUUAAAUAGGAAUUUCUUAUACAUACAUAUAUAAUUCUUGGGAUUUGGUAAUUUCCAAACACAUUUUAAACAUAUUAUCAUGUUAAGCACCAUUAUAUAGUGAGUAACUUUUGCACAGUACAAUUUUUAAACAAUCGUAAAAUGAAAAUGUUUAUUAGUAGUAUUUUUAUACCUAAAGUUUCGCUUUAAGUAGAUAUACGUACUAAUGUUUCUUUUCUUACCUGUAGAUAAUACACGUUUAAUACAGUGUUUGUAGUUUU